AUAAUGCAUUGAUUACACUUUAAAAUUGCAGUGGAUUAUGCUCGUGUCAUUUGGCUCUCAAGAACAUCUGAAAAGUUUCUGAGUAAAACUAAAAUAUACACCGGAUAUCCACUAUCCAAUGUGGAAAAAUGCUUAUAAAGUACCUUUCUGCAGCAUUGAACCUUUUCACAUUCAAUCAUUUGUGAUCAUUUUGUUCAUGUUCCAUUUUAAGCAAUGAUUAGAAGGAAAAUUACUGUGAACAGAUUCUCAUAAAACAGCUUAUGUACAUAUCAAAAGAUAUCGGGGUGAAUUAGACACUUGAUGGACCGUACAGAACAAAGUGUACCCUGUUGCAUUAUGCAAAAGCAGAAGAGGGGGUGUAUUUAUCACAACCCAAAAACAUGGCUCAUUAGUGAUUUGUUUUUCUUCUGAUAGUCCUGGAAGGCAACAGAAGCUCUGCCUCCUCCUCUCCCCUCCCUCCCGCCCUAAAAGCUAAUUUGCAUAAUUUAUGCAUGCGUCACGAAACCAGUCUUACAAAUACAGGCUGUGGGCAGAAAUAGCAACAGACAGUCGCUCGUACAAAUCGGCGAAGCUUGACAUAUAACCCUGACACAGCACUGAGCUCUAAGGCUUUAUAGAGAACAAGAGGAGCCAGUGCAGCGCUACUAACUCGACGAACCAAUCAAACCGAAUCAUCCCAACCAGAUCCUCACUUAUUGACUCACUUCGGUGACCGACCAAGUCGCAAUCGUGGCGAGAAGCAUCAUCCAAACGAGUGUGGUCCUCAACAUGAGCACGGAGAUGUUCGCUAAGACUCCGAUGGAGGUGGCAGUCUACCAGCUGCACAACUUUUCCAUCUCUUUCUUCUCCUCGCUGCUCGGAGGAGACGUCGUCUCGGUCAAACUUGACAACAGUGCCUCUGGUGCUAGCGUGGUGGCCAUUGACAACAAGAUCGAGCAGGCCAUGGAUCUUGUCAAGAACCAUUUGAUGUACGCAGUGCGUGAGGAGGUGGAAAUCCUCAAGGAACAGAUAAAGGAGCUAGCAGAGAAGAACAACCAGCUUGAGAGGGAGAACUACCUGCUAAAGAACCUGGCCAGUCCGGAGCAGCUGGAGAAGUUCCAGUCCCGCAUCCCGACAGAUGUGCUCUUGGAUAAUCAGAACGUCCGGGUGACCCCAGCGCCACAGCAAAAGAACCAGCAGCAGAGCUGUAGCCACAGCACUGGCUCUGCUGUAUAAGUGGCUCUGCCUUGGGGCGGGCAGAGCCACUUUGUCUUUAAAAGUCGUGGACCUCGUUUUUGAACGUAAGCGUUAUAAAUCGCCGCCACCGAAACCCUUUCGGGACAUCGAAGAAGAAUCAUCGGUGCUGUAAAUGACUGAUGGGACUCAAAUGAACUGUUGAUACUGAUAAGCAGAAAACCAGAACUAGAGACGCUCUAAAACUGGUGCCUUGUCAGGCCCAUCCUGUGUACCAUCCAGCUCUUUGUCGUAGUCUCUCUUCGUAGGCAUGAGUGUUAAGCAUAGAAAGGGCAGACUAGCCUAGACAGAGGGUGGGGGAUUUCCCUCCCUAGCCAAACUCUUCCAGCAAAGUACCCUCCGUUUUUCCUCUAUUGAGGAAGGGGGUGAGCAACGAGGUGUUGAUUGGGCUUGCCCUGCAGGCGCUAACCUGGAAAGUACUGAGACUUCAUUCCCUCAUGACCCAAAGGAGACCCAGAGGAGACCCAAAGGAGACCCAGAGGAGACCCAUCUGAGACAGUCCUCCAAGUCUCAACAAGAACAGACCCAUUGGUGUGGAGUCACCUCAUCUCAAAAUACUUUAAUGGACUUCCAACUGCACACUUCAGACACAUACAGACUUUUGAUCUACCUACAGUGUAAAGCUGCCAUGUUCCUGUCCAUCCAAAGCAUAACAAGGAAAAUACACAGGAUAAGCUAAGGCUACAGAGGUGGAGGUCAACGCAAUGUUCUCCAUCUAAGCUGAUGAACUGCUGCAGUAAACUAACAGAAUACUGUAAUAUCUCAUAAAACAUGUAGACUUGUAUUGUUUGCUGCCGGGGCUUGCUGCUUAUGGGAGUGAAACUAAUUCUGCUAUAUCUUCUGUUUUUGUUAAAUUCAGAACAAAAAUCAGUUGUUUUGUACAAUAAGAGCAGUGUACUAGGCUUUCAGAAGCUGUCUUUGUUACAGGUCCGUCCAUAUCUGCCAUUUUGUUUGCUUAAGUCACAGGAAAACUACAAUGUACAUACAGAUGAAAAGUCUCUGAGGUAAAAAAUGUUAGGAUGGUUUGCAAGCAGACAGCUGCGUUUCUAGCAGCCUGUGCACUCCUUUGGUUUGUAGGUAGUGCCGUCCAGUAUAUGGUCUCUUUCCUUAUUCAGAUGGCAACUUGAAAACAAUGGCACGACAACAGUGCCUGUGAGCGGUGAUCGCAUUUCUGACAAGACUUUGGUUAUUGUUGUCGUUUUUUCCAGCUACCAAAGACGUACUUUCACACGGCAACAAAAGCUAACCAAAUGAGGACCAUGUGUAAAACUUCACAGGGAGAAGAUUUCUUUGUAGCUAGUGUUAAAUUUGGUUUGUGUUUGUUUUGUAAAAAUUACGAUUUUGUUGCUAUAAAGUAUCCCUGAAACAGUUGACCACUGUAAUUUUUGGAUACAACUGCACAGUUGCAAUAAACCGUAUGUUUACAUAAUA